CUCCUGGGAUGCUAAUGUCUGAUCCUCACUGGGAGGAUGCUAUCGAUCAGGCUUCCAAAUGAUUUCUCCUCCAGUUUGAUAAACAUGCAGAUGUGCGCAAUUCGACUUUUUUCUGCGUCUUUCGGGCAUACGGAGAAGGUGAUGUGAGCAGCACUGCAUGGGAUAGCCGAGUGAUCAAUGCAGAACUCCCCAGCGCUGUUCGGGAUGGUGAGCCACUGUCAAACCCCGACUUUCACAGACUUCGCCGGCUUGGCGCUUUCCGUGUACGGCGGCAAGACGGACAUCUGCGCGCGACGGACCGGGAACGGUGGCUUUGGGUCCCAGAUUUGCCGGAGCCCGCAUGACAUCCCGACGCACAUGAACUGCGCGAGCCCGAAGCGACCCAACGCGUCCGAGGAAAAAUCGCAUGUGUCGGCCAAAUCUCCGCGCUUGUGCUUCUCCCUGCCGCCGGUUCAAGUCAAUGGCGCCUUCUGCUCUGAGAAGGAGGUAAACGGUGGACUGGGCGACACUGAGGUGAUGCGAUGUGGCCAGAGCUUGUCGCUGCCAGCUGGUGGUUCUUCAGAAGGACUUUACACACAAAGCCUCCACUGCAGUAGACCUACACCCGACCUCCUCCUGCAGGAUGGUCCUCACCAGGACACCAGGUCCGCCUCUGCCUUCCAGAGGACCCUGUCGGGGGCCUCACCCGGCCAGGACUGCGGUGCCAAUGGGUUUCGCUCUUCUGUCCGCUACCCGAUCAAACAGGAAAACUCAAUGGGCUACAAGAUCUCCAGCGCAGGGUCCGGGGCACAUAGCGCAUCUGAGGCUGGGUUUCAGGCCUGUAGGGUGGGCCAACUCUUAGAGGUGCCAAGGGACGAGAUAGUCGGAGCGCUGCACGUUAGCAACAACGGCAACGGCGUGGGCACAGUGAGCGGCGUAGGUGGUGCUCUGUCAGGGGACGCCGUGCAACCGUUUAAUAAUGAAGAUGGCUCCUCCCCGCUUGCUUUGUCCCCAACUGGUUCCCAUCAUUCAGCGCGGCAGCUCAGCGCUAGCAGUCUGAAGAGAUGCUGCCUGUCCCUGGCCUCGCAGUCCGCCGCCGUCACCGCCGCGAGCUCCCCAUCAACGACCGGCGCUUCUUCUAAGGAGAUCAACAUCACCGCGAUCAUCUGCUCCUCCUCCCAGAUGUCGAUGGUUGCCUGCGUCAACGGGUUCCGCGCUAACCUCUCGCCCAGCCACGCCAGCAGCGCCAGCUUCUCCUCCUCUUCCUCCUCCUCUUCCACGUCCCCACCCUCUAACUUUUGCUCGCGAGAAGCCCCCCAACGGCCCCCACCCCGCGGGAGCCCUCAGCAGGUCACGCUGCAAGAGAGUUGUCAGCUGUCCUCACCUGCCACCUGCCUGCUGUCCCUCUCCUCCUCCUCCUCGUCCUCCUCCUCGGUGUCUUUAGUGGAGCCGGAGCAGGGCCAGGGGCAGAGCCUGGGGCUGUGCGAGGAACAGGGCUCCAUGCUGCGAGGGCGUGGGGCUGGAGAAGCAGUCGAGGGAGGAGGAGGGGGAGGAGGGGGAGGGGGAGGAGGAGGGGGCUCGGACGGGUUGGGGCUGCUCAUGAGUGGGGCCUUGAUGUCUGGGACACUGCUUCCAGGAUCUGAAGCCGGGGGUCUCCUAGAUGGCGGCCAACGAUCCGGGGCCGCCCUCAAGCAGGAACCCCUGGACGACUUCUCCCCCAGCGAAGACGAACUGUUUCAGCACCACUACCAUCAUCAUCAUCAUCAUCACUUGAGUGGUCGCAGCGGGCACCUUCGUCACACCCACCACCCACCUCAACCCGCCAUGCCCCCGCCUUACCACUUACACCAGUACGUGGGGACCAGCCCUGGGGGGCCACUGCACCACCAGAGCCAGCAAACAGCUCCAGCCUCUUCCUUGGGACCCAAACUAACCCCUGGUUGCCCUCCGGGGUCCCACGCAGCCCAAGAGCGGGACGACGUCGGAGGAGGAGCACUGGUGGAUAAGCAAGUGUGUCGCUGGAUUGACUGCAGUGCAGCCUAUGAGCAACAGGAGGAGCUGGUGAGACAUAUUGAGAAGGUGCACAUUGACCAGCGAAAAGGUGAGGACUUCACCUGCUUCUGGGCUGGCUGCAUUCGCCGCUACAAGCCCUUCAACGCUCGCUACAAGCUGCUCAUUCACAUGAGGGUCCACUCUGGAGAGAAACCAAACAAGUGUAUGUUCGAGGGAUGCAACAAAGCGUUCUCUCGCCUGGAGAACCUGAAGAUCCACCUGAGGAGCCACACAGGAGAGAAGCCGUACCUGUGCCAGCACCCCGGCUGCCAGAAAGCUUUCAGCAACUCCAGUGACCGAGCCAAGCAUCAACGCACUCACCUGGACACGAAACCGUACGCAUGUCAGAUCUCUGGCUGUACAAAGCGCUACACGGACCCCAGCUCCCUACGCAAACAUGUCAAGAUCCACUCGGCCAAAGAGCAACAGGUGCGUAGAAAGCUUCGGCCCUGCCCUCACCUGGAGCAGGACGUCCUGAGUGACUGCCUGUCUAUGCAGCACCUCCAGAGCUCCACGCCCUCGCAGCACCUGUACAACGGCAAGGACGGCCGUUCUCCUGCCAUGGGCCAAGACAUGUUCACAGGCCUGUACGCUGGCUCCAGCACCCCGCACCACAGCGCCCCGGUGGAGCUCCUCUCCGCCGCCCCCAACCCCACGUCCACCGCCGACCUGCCCUCCCGACAGCACCGCAUGGACCGGGACCUCGGCAGCCCUCAUCACUUGUCCCCACUGGCGGCCAUGGAUGGCGCGAGAGACGGGGUCUCCGCUCCCCUCCUGUCUCCGGGGAUGAAGGGAACCGGGACGUCUCCUCCUCCGCUGGAGAAGCAGCAUGUCCACCCUCACCACAAGCCCUACACUCACUAUCACCACCAUCAGUCUGCCAGCGACGAAUAUCAAGGCAGCUUUCAGAGCUGCUUCCAUUUUGGAGACUCCUACAGGAUGGAGCAGACGGUCAGCGGUGUCCACGUCCCGGGAGACCCCAACGCCUACACUUCCCAUCAGCACAAUGGCUUCCACAUGCCGACCAGCAACACUGGCUCUGCAGGCUUCGGUCUGACCCAGGAGCUGCAAGGAGGAGCAGGGUGCCAGUUCUCUUCCAGCCCAGAGGAGAGCAUUUUCUUCCAGGUGGGCAGCUUUGACCGCAGCUUGAACCACAUGUCGUCCAUCUACACAGAGACAUAGAGCAACACUGGAGCAGGACACGCUUCUCCACACCUACUCCUCCGCAGCCCAGCAGGCAUCUCCACACACUCUGUAAUAGUUCUGCUCUCUUCUUCCACAUCACAACACACAAGUCACAUUGUAAAUGGGUGACUGUGAUGUACUUAUGUCCCGGACAUAAACCAGGAAAAUGAAACACAGUCCAAGGCUAAUACUCUAGUAAAGAACCAUCAUCACUGGAGAUUUUUUAACAAACAUUUGUGAAUACAUGAAAAACCAUGUUCAUUUUGGUUUUUGUAUUCUGCUAAAGGGACGUUCCACCAAUCGUACACAUUCUGACUAAGGCCGCGACGGAAGCUUUACACUUAAAAUGUGGACGACCUUCUAGAUAUUAUCUUGUAGAUAAUAAACUUGGACUGCUACAAUUGUUUUCUGUAUUUAACAAAAGAUUUUAAAAAUAAAUAUUUCACCUGGCUCUGGCCGAGGGAGCGCGAGUCACAGAAAUGACCGAAUGAAAGAUGAGGGGAGAGUUUAAGAUUUUAACAUUUUAAAUCGCCAUCACUCACUCAAUGAUCAGCCUUCCUUCAUAGAUUCAUGAUCACAUUUUUAUUGGCCACCAUGUACACAGGAUUUGAAUUUGUUACAAAAAACUGGUGCUAAAACUUGCAAACAUACAGUACAUCAGACAGCUUUAAAUAUCUUCAAACGCUACAAACAGGAUGGACCAUAAAUGAAAAGUCAUUUUUUCUCUCUCUAACCUUCAUCUUUCAAUCUGUUUUAGAUUGAAGUGUAGAAAAGAAUAUAUAAUUUUUUUGCUGUGAUGUUUUAGCAGUGGAAAAAAUGCAUUUCUGUGUCUUGUGUUUUUGUUUUUUGUUUUUUUUCUUUUUGGAUUUAUCUCUGGAUGAAUGUUUGGGCUCAUUAAUUCUGCAGUAAUGCAGACAAACCAACCUACUUUAUUAUUAUGUGUAUAAAAUGUACAGUUUGUUUACACCAAGAAUUUGAAUGUUUGUCAUUUCUCAGUUUAUGAAAUAAAUAAUUGAAUGAUCACGUAAUGCCUCUUUUUUUUUUU